GUGCGUGUCUCUCUCUUGUUACCACCACCUCCGCCUCGGAUCCCAAGCUUGGGCGGCGGCGGCGGCGGGCGGCGGCGGGUUUGGUGAGGGUGGGGAGCGAGGGGUUUUGGCGGCGGGGGGGGAAUGGGGACGGCGGGGAAGGGGGCGUGGGUGGUGCCGGCGCCGGCGUACAGGGAGGUGGAGGGCUGGGAGGGGGCCGGGGACGACGCGCCGGGGUUCAGGUGCGGCCACUCGCUGACGGCGGUCGCGCCCACCAAGGGUCACGGCCCGCGGCUCAUCCUCUUCGGCGGGGCCACCGCCAUCGAGGCCGGCGCAUCCUCAGGCAUGCCGGGCAUCAGGCUCGCGGGGGUGACGAACUCGGUGCACUCGUACGAUGUGGAGACGCGCAGGUGGACGAGAUUGCAUCCAGCUGGAGAGCCUCCGUCGCCGAGGGCUGCACAUGCUGCAGCUGCCGUAGGAACGAUGGUUGUUUUCCAGGGUGGUAUUGGACCAGCAGGGCACUCGACAGAUGAUCUCUACGUUCUUGACCUGACAAACGACAAGUUUAAAUGGCACAGGGUGGUUGUUCAGGGGGCUGGGCCUGGUCCUCGAUAUGGCCACUGCAUGGAUCUGGUAGCCCAACGUUACCUUGUGACCGUCUCAGGAAAUGAUGGAAAGAGAGUUUUAUCAGAUGCUUGGGCUCUGGACACAGCACAGAAACCAUAUAGGUGGCAGAAACUUAAUCCUGAUGGUGAUAGACCUUCAGCAAGAAUGUAUGCAACUGCCAGUGCACGCUCUGAUGGCAUGCUUUUACUUUGUGGCGGAAGGGAUGCUUCUGGGAUGCCACUUUCUGAUGCUUAUGGACUACUGAUGCAUACAAGUGGCCAGUGGGAGUGGACACUAGCUCCAGGGGUAUCUCCAUCUGCAAGAUACCAGCAUGCAGCGGUUUUCGUUGGUGCUCGGUUGCAUGUUACUGGUGGUGUCCUUAGAGGAGGGAGAGCCAUUGAGGGAGAGGGUGCAAUAGCAGUUCUGGACACUGCUGCUGGAGUUUGGUUGGAUAGAAAUGGCAUUGUGACCUCUCGCACAUUGAAGUCUUCACACGACCAUGACGCUUCUUCGGAUCUACUUCGUCGUUGUCGUCAUGCAGCUGCUUCUGUUGGAAUGCAGAUAUACAUUUACGGUGGUCUGAGAGGAGAUAUUCUCCUUGAUGAUUUUCUUGUUGCUGAGAAUGCACCUUUCCAAUCAGAAUUUAGUUCAUCUAUGUACGACAGAGUUCCAAGGGCCGAAAAUCAAAAUAGAAAUCACAGUUUUAAUUCAGAUUCUCUGACUACAAAUAACAGCAUGGACAAGAAGUCCAUUGACAUGUUGACAGAGGCCUCAGCUGCCGAAGCUGAAGCUGUUAGCGCUGCAUGGCAUGCUGCACAGGAAGCAUCUCAUGCAUCUUCAGAAGACAGCCUUUCGGAGGGAAUAGGAUCUGAGUCCCCACUCAGUGAAACUUCACCAAUGCCUGAGGAUGUAGAUGAUGGAGGCUCCCUAGAACCAGAUGUGAAGCUGCAUUCAAGAGCGGUUGUAGUUUCUAAAGAAGCAGUAGGAGAUUUGGGUUGUUUGGUCCGACAGCUUUCACUGGACCAAUUUGAGAAUGAAAGCAGAAGAAUGCAUCCCUCAAGCAAUGAUCAAUCAUAUCCAGCCAAGAAAGCAUUAAACAGACAAAGGUCCCCACAAGGUUUGCAUAAGAAGGUUAUUUCAUUCUUACUUAAGCCAAGGAAUUGGAGGGCUCCUGCUGAAAGGGCUUUUUUCCUUGACUCAUACGAAGUUGGAGAGUUAUGUUAUGCUGCUGAGCAGAUUUUUAUGCAGGAGCCAACUGUUUUACAAUUAAAAGCACCAAUUAAAGUGUUUGGUGAUCUUCAUGGGCAAUUUGGGGACCUAAUGCGUCUUUUUGAUGAAUAUGGUUACCCAUCAACUGCUGGUGACAUAACGUAUAUCGAUUAUCUCUUCUUGGGAGACUAUGUUGACCGAGGUCAGCACAGUCUGGAAACAAUUACAUUACUUCUUGCUCUUAAAAUAGAGUACCCUGAAAAUGUUCACUUGAUUAGGGGAAAUCAUGAGGCUGCUGACAUCAAUGCACUUUUUGGGUUUCGCCUUGAAUGCAUCGAGAGAAUGGGUGAAAGUGAUGGCAUAUGGGCUUGGACAAGAUUCAAUCAACUGUUUAAUUAUCUCCCACUUGCUGCCAUGAUAGAAAAGAAAAUAAUUUGCAUGCAUGGUGGUAUAGGGAGGUCAAUAAACACUAUUGAGCAAAUUGAGAAACUUGAACGGCCUAUUACCAUGGAUGUUGGAUCUAUUAUUCUCAUGGACCUUUUAUGGUCUGAUCCUACAGAAAAUGAUAGUGUGGAGGGUUUGAGACCAAAUGCACGAGGACCUGGCUUGGUAACAUUUGGGCCUGAUCGGGUUACUGAAUUCUGUAAACGAAAUAGACUGCAAUUAAUCAUAAGAGCCCAUGAGUGUGUUAUGGAUGGGUUUGAGCGUUUUGCACAUGGACAAUUGAUCACUUUAUUUUCAGCCACUAAUUAUUGUGGUACCGCGAACAAUGCUGGGGCCAUACUUGUGGUGGGCAGGGGACUAGUUAUUGUUCCAAAGUUAAUUCAUCCACUUCCUCCUCCAGUUAAUUCUCCUGAGUCUUCCCCAGAACGUGCCAUGGACGCCACAUGGAUGCAGGAACUUAACAUACAGCGGCCACCUACACCAACUAGAGGACGGCCACAGUCUGCUAGUGACAGAAAUUCUCUUGCUUAUAUAUGAUACAUCGGUAAACCGCCUCCAGCUUCUUGAUCUUUCUUGACCAAGAUUUCUUUUCCGGUCGCAAGGGUACAUACAUUAUACCUCAAACAACCAGCAGCGAAGCAUCCACAUCGCAGGCUCCUGUUAGUCAAAGAUGUUCAUCUGGUGGUUAGUUCAUUGUGACGUUUCAGUGUUCAGUGUAGUUGAUAUGACUUCAGCUCCUCGAUGGGAAGCUCCACAACUGUUCAGAGCUUCGAAUCAUAUAAGCGAAGCUACGUGCCUCCAGUCCCUUCUACAAUUUAGGACAGAAUUGAAUGAUGAGCAAUAGUCGAGUUGUAUGUACUUUGGGUGGUUUACCUGUAACUUUAGUGUACAUGGUUAGUUCAUUGUUUUACCUGAGAAGUAAGAAGGUUGUAAUGACUGUACACCAUGUCCCCAUUGUUGGGACGCUGCUUGCACAGCGCAGCUAUACAAGGUACCGAAGUUAGGUUGGACGGAGAGCUUUGAGGCUUUAUCCAGUUGCUCUUUGUGGAGCGUGAUGAAUGUUUGUAAGUGAAACCGUGUUGUGAUUAAUUAAAAUUUAUAGGUGUGUGAACAAUAAAUUAUGCUGUGCUUAGUUCAAGUUCAGUGGUGGAUUGAUGUUGCCUGAUAAACAGAGAAAAAAAGGUGCAAGUGUUUGAUC